GCAACAUGGCGGACAUGUGUGUAACACACACACAUGAGGAAGAGAAUAAUUCAACAAAUGUAGGAAAUAAACAGUGGGUGAGAUUAAAUGUCGGCGGAACAUAUUUCCUGACUACCAAGACAACUUUGUCACGUGAUCCUAAUUCCUUUCUGUUUCGGCUGUGUCAGGAAGACUCAGACCUCAUAUCAGAUCGAGACGCAACAGGAGCGUACUUAAUUGACAGAGACCCGAUGUAUUUCAGUCCCAUACUUAAUUACUUAAGGCAUGGAAAACUAGUCAUCAAUAAGGACCUUGCUGAAGAAGGUGUUCUUGAAGAGGCAGAGUUUUAUAACAUAACAGAUCUCAUUGGACUAAUUAAGGACCGGAUUUGUCAUAGAGAUAGUAGACCGCUUCGAGAUUCUAAGAAACAUGUGUACAGAGUUCUCCAGUGUCAUGAGGACGAACUCACACAGAUGGUAUCGACGAUGUCGGAUGGAUGGAAAUUUGAGCAGCUUAUCAACAUAGGGUCACAGUAUAAUUAUGGUAAUGAAGAUCAUGCAGAAUUUUUGUGUGUCGUGUCGAGGGAAUAUGGAGCCUCUCUGAACUCGCAAGGGACUGAACCAACAGACAGGGCAAAGGUUUUGCAGCAGAAAGGAUCACGGAUGUGAGAUAAACUGCAUAAAAGAUUACUACAAAUUGAAAAUGAGAUCAAUUGCACAAGUGGCUCUGUGUUCACCUAUGAGGCACCAGACUGAUCAUUUGAACCCAUGAGAUUCUCAACACUGAAACAUGUUCUUGGAGUGUUAAUUUUGGGAUGCUUUAUGCUUUGCUCUACGCAAAUUCAGAAUGUGAACUUUAUCUACAGAAAGUUAUUAGUUGGUUUUCAAGAAUGAACUCUUAAGUCAGUUGUUUGAAAUGCAGUUGGCCAGGUUAGUAAUUGGAAUGCUACUGCACUAGGAGAAUUGAAUGGAAUGAAACACAUUCUAAACUGUGUUACGUUUAAAAUAAAAAUAGAUUAAUUAAAUAAUGGUGACUUUCACUGAAAUGAAAAUUAAUGUUACAUUUAAACAAAAAAUACACAUUCAAUUUCAAGUAAAAAUAGAAUAUAAUAGAAAGCCUGUUACUAUAAUAUAAAAUGUAAUUGUGUGUUUUUGUUAUUUAUACCUUUAUUUAUUGAGAACUGGCACCAGGUGCUCAGCAUUUUUGUGUAAUUUGAUUAUAUAUUGUGUGAAACAAUCUAAUUUUUACCUUGCUGUAAAAUAAAUGUACAAUUUUGUAAAAAAAAAAAAAAGUUAUCGGCAAGAGUUAAAUGACCACAAAGACGAUUAUUUUGUAGUUGGAAUGUGAAAUGAAUUGUGCAAGUUCUGCAUGACAAGUUUCAAUUUGUCACUACCUGUUAUUUAAUUAUGUUUAUACAGAAUUUCAUUUUCCUUAUUAGAUGAGGAAAUGAAAAAUAUGAAUGGAUUCCAUUUGAGAUAUUAAUGAUCAAGAAUUCUUUGUUCAUAUUGCACUAAGGUUUAUAGUGCUAAUAGUGAAUAAAACUCACUGUGUGUGUGUGUGUGUGUGUGUGUGUGUGUGUGUGUGUGUGUGUGUGUGAAGCAAUUUUGCGAAAGGGAGACUUGUGUACUUGUUUUCUAAAACUAUUGUAAAUGCUCCUGUUAUGAAUUAAUAAAAUGUACCUUUCCUUAACA